UUCACCAAAGUGCUUAAUUUGUUUUUUAUUGUGCUCGCGAUUGUUAAAUGCUCAGAAGCUUGUAAUGGAUAUAGUUUAAAAAUUGAUCAUAUCAAAGCUUGUGCUGAUGACAGCAUCACGGUACCACAAGAUAUGGAUUUAACGCUUGAUAAAAGUUGCAACAUUGUGGUAAGCGGAUGUGUGGAGGUCUUAAAACCGAUUAAAACCGCUAAGGCAACCUAUGAAAUAUCUAAAGCACCAUUACCGGCUAUGACGGGAGACGUGGACUUAUGCCAAGUUGCUGGAAGUCAAUUAGCUCAAGCACAACAACUUUUAGUAGCUUAUGGACUUCCGAAAAAAUGUCCUGUAGCUGCUAAAAAGUACUGUGUUAACGGAAAGAAAAAUAUUAAUAUAUCAGCUCAUAAAAAUCAACUAGCCAUGGCAGUCGGCACAAUUACAGCAAAACUAAAUGUGGAGCACGAUACGGGAAAAUCUUGUAUUGAUAUUCAAGCUACAUUCAGUAAAAAGAAAUAAACAAUAUUAUAUUAUAAAUUCCUUUAAUAAAUAAAAA